UAUCAAAGCUAACAACCGUUGCUGAAAGUGUCACAGUAUCAAGCAAAUAUAUUUAGAAAUCAUCUAUGAACUGUGCUCUAAUUUUCAAGUAAUAUUCAACUAUCCAAAAAUGGCUUUUUUAACUAGAAUAUAUAUUAUCACCUGUUUAUUGCUGAACUUUCUAAUGUGCCAAAAGCAAGAGAAUGCGGUUUAUUCCUUGAACCAUCAACAAAAUGAAGUGAUGGCCAUGCCGAAGCAUCCAAGAAGUAAUGUUUUGGGAGAUCUUAAUCCAAUUCGUAGUUCACAAAUGGGAAUACCAAUUUGUCCAGCUGAGAAUCCCAAUGAUGUGAGGUAUGAGAAUUAUCCCAACGUUAAGCUGAAUCGAAUGAAAAUUGUCAAGGACGAAGACGAUGGUGAGGAUCUCGACAUGGCAGCCGGCGACGAUGAUGAAGAGAGAGAUGAGUGUAAUAACACCGAAGUGGAUGAAAAUACCGUUGACGAUCCGGAAUUUCUGGCCAGGAUCUCAUGCCUAAUGGCUGCUUUGGAUCAUCACAUCAAGGCGAUUUGUUGCAAUUCCAGGAAAUUAGAAUCAAAACUGAGAAGCCUAAAGCCAACUGGAAUCACUGGCAAGACCAAUGAUGAUAAUGAGCCCGAAUUCAAGUCGAAAUUUUCCAAGAAGAUAAAGCAUUUCCAGUACAUGAAUAGGCAUAAUCAGGAGAACUCCAAGUUGGAUUUCGGUGAAAAACUAGGACCUGGGUCAACUAACACUGCGAUACACUUGGAAGUUGAGGCCAAGGAUGUGUCUCCGUCAGGAUCUUCAGUUCAGUCGCAGAACAGGGGUAACAUCUCUCCACCAGGAUAUGGAAUGCAAGCGCAGAAUCGGGGAGAUAUCUCUUCACCAGGAUAUGGAAUGAACUCGCAUAAUAAGGGAGAUAACUCUCUAACAGGAUAUGGAACUCAUUCGCAAUACAGGGGAGAUGCAACUCGAUUCGGAUCUGGAAAUCACUUGCAGAACGGAGUAGAUAUGCCUCCACCAGGACCUAGAACUUAUUCCCAAAACAGAGGAGAUAUCUCUCCACCCGGACCGGCAACACACUCGCAAAACAGGGGAUCUGAAAUUCGAACUCUAUCAGGAGCUGAAAUAGAAUCACCGAAAACAUCUGAUCUGAAGGUUUUAUACCCAUCCUCAGAGAACUACAAUCACAAGCCUUACGAGGAGUAUGAGAACAAAUUGAGACGCCUGAUGGCCAAUCGGGAUGCCAUUGAGAAGAAUGUGAUCAAGAUGCUGGCUCCCAAGGAGGGGGAAAGGAUGUAGUCUCAACAAUCUUACCAAACAAACCAUCAAUUGCCAGGAAAAGGAAAUGAAAAUUUUGGAAAACGGAUGUGACACGAUGACGGGAAGGAGGAGGCUUCCAAAUACACAUAUUUUGCACGUACGAUUGCCAUUUGAAAUUCGAAAUUGCCGCCACAGCGAGUUCAUGUUUAUACAUUAUACAUUUUCACCUCGAGGUCGACGCUUUACCUCUGCCACUCAGCCAUAAUCUAGGACACUUGUGACGUCAGUGGGAGCACUCGAGGAAUUUAUUGCGGAUCGAAUGAACAGCAAAAGCCAAAAUGCCAAAGCCAAACGCCAAAGUUAAAAAAAACCGAAAAGCACACAUCAAUGUUGGGGCCAAGUUUGAUACAUUUCCCUCAUUGAGCAUUUUGCUGUUCAAUGAAAUCUCACAAUGAAAUUUCAUUUAUUUUUAUUCCGACCGCACACACUCGCUUUCGCAUUUAUUUGUAAA